AUGAUGGGGUGGCUUUUCAAUACGAAUAAGAUUGCCAAAUCCCAUUUUUGUGUCUGGUAUUUGGGAUCACGAGAAGCUGAUGGAGUUCGUGGCUCAGCUAUUGUACUGCCAGUGAUGAGGCAUUUGUUGAGAGAGAGCUUCAAGAAAACCCCAAGCAAGGCUACUGUUCAAAUUGCUCAUAAAGGUCUCAAGUUGACUCAAUCAGUGCCAGCGUUGAGUCGUUCAGGAAAAGUGAAAAUGCAACUCGUCGAAUUUCAAAUCUCCGCCAAUUGUAUCACCUACAGUCUUACUGGAAGUGCUCCAUUCGACGAUGUGGUAGGCGUUGUGAUGUUGGUUUUAAAUCCAGAGAUGCAAUCACCAAUGCACGUUCACUGCUAUCGAUGUGAUAGCGCAGAAACGGCUCAAAUCAUGCACGCGAAUAUUCAGCUGCUUCUUUCACGACCUACGCAUCAACGAGCGAUCAUGGACCUUGAGCAACGAUUGUUUUUAUCUGGAUUGCUUCAUCCAAGACCCACAAGCCGUCCAGUGCUCGCGAGUCGAUCAAAUAGUGGAGUCACGGACGCGCAACGAAAUCCCACCGUCGAUUUAAGAACAAAAAGGGCAAGCACUGGAGAUUUGACAAAAGUUGGUCUUCAUUUGGAUGGGCUUCAAUCAAAGAGAAUCAGUCAAUUGUCGGUGAGCGAGCUUCCAGCGCUCGAUGACCCAGAUCAACGUUAUCGGCUCUUCGGAGACACUUUAACGAGGCCAAACAAGAAGACGAGAAGCCUUGACAACAUUCACGACGCACACGUGUCUACUGAGUUGCGCGGCCCACCACCGCCAUUGCCACGCAGAGGUGCCGUCAUCGAGAGUCUCGGCGAGAGAAAUUUCGGCACGACUAGCUCCUCGUGGACGGCCACUCGACACCACAGCUUCAAAUGUCGCUUA